AUGGGUCUGCGCCAGGAGCGCGUUGCCCAUAGCAGUACAUUGAUCGGCCUUCCUUUUGUGAAUCGUCUUCAAACCUUUUACACCUCGUUAAAUGCUAGCGACAGCAUUAAGAAGUCGCGGAGCACGUUCGUCCUGGCACACAGCGAGACAGCAGGAGUCAUGCUGGACAGAGACGCUUGGAUGACAUGGUUCGUCGAGCAAGAGCAAUCGCGCAUGAAGCAGGAUCUGGUAGACUACCGCAAGGAAGGUGGCACACUUUCUCAAGGCAAUGGCGGCAGGACCGACAUCACACCAGGAAUGCUGAUCCAAGAAAUCGUGGCGGGACUCCAGAAGAGUACAGCUGCUGCCGCGAGUGGCGAUGUUGAGGUCGGCAUCUUUGUCAUCCGAAGAGAUAGGAUAUCAGCUGCUGGUUAG